GCGAUCUCCACCUCCCUCCCCCACCACCCCCGUAACCCACUUCUGGGUGGGCCCCCACAUCGCCGCCGGCGGACCCGCGCCUCCCCUCCCUACCUCCCUCGCUACCCGUGUCCCCGCCCCGCGCCGUCCGCGUCCCGCCGGACAUGACGACCUCGCCGCCGCCCGCCGAGCAACAACAGCAGGAGGAAGAGGAGGUGCUGGUUCCGCACGGCCCCCAACAGGAGCUGCCCAAUGGAGCGCAGCCAAUGGAAGUUGUGCCUGCUGAGCCAGCUGCUACUGUGGAAAACCAACAGAUAGAGGACCCACCAAUCUCGAGAUUUACUUGGACCAUUGAGAAUCUAUCAAGAGUUAGCACGAAGAAGCUCUACUCCGAAAUUUUUGUUGUUGGAGGCUACAAGUGGCGAAUUUUGAUUUUCCCUAGGGGAAAUAAUGUUGAAUUCUUAUCUAUGUAUUUGGAUGUGGCUGAUUCUGGAGUCUUGCCCUAUGGAUGGACUAGAUAUGCACAAUUCAGCCUCUCCGUGGUUAAUCAGAUUCACAACAAGUUCACGAUAAGAAAAGAAACACAACAUCAGUUCUCUGCUCGAGAAAGUGAUUGGGGUUUCACUUCAUUUAUGCCAUUGGGUGAACUCUACAACCCCAGUAGAGGUUAUCUUGUAAAUGAUACUUGUAUAGUGGAAGCUGAAGUUGCCGUGUGUAAAGUUGUUGACUAUUGGAGUUAUGACUCUAAAAAGGAAACUGGCUAUGUUGGUCUUAAAAAUCAGGGUGCUACCUGCUAUAUGAAUUCUCUUCUUCAGACACUGUACCACAUUCCGUAUUUCAGAAAGGCUGUUUAUCACAUGCCCACCACCGAGAAUGAUAUGCCCUCGGGAAGCAUCCCGUUAGCUCUACAGUCACUCUUUUAUAAGUUGCAGUAUAAUGACAGCAGUGUCUCUACAAAGGAGCUCACAAAAUCAUUCGGGUGGGACAUGCAUGAUUCAUUUAUGCAACAUGAUGUACAAGAAUUGAACAGAGUUCUUUCCGAGAAGUUGGAAGAUAAGAUGAAGGGAACUGUCGUAGAGGGCACAAUACAACAAUUGUUUGAAGGGCACCACAUGAACUACAUUGAGUGUAUCAAUGUGGAUUUCAAAUCAACAAGAAAGGAAUCCUUCUAUGAUCUCCAGCUUGAUGUCAAAGGUUGUCAGGAUGUCUACGCUUCAUUUGAUAAGUACGUAGAAGUGGAGCGUCUGGAAGGUGACAACAAGUAUCAUGCCGACAAGCAUGGCCUGCAGGAUGCGAAGAAAGGAGUUCUUUUUAUCGACUUCCCUCCUGUUCUGCAACUUCAGCUAAAACGUUUUGAAUAUGAUUUCAUGCGUGACACGAUGGUGAAGAUAAAUGAUCGCUAUGAAUUCCCACUUCAAUUGGAUCUUGAUAGAGAUGAUGGAAAAUAUUUAUCUCCUGAUGCUGACAGGAAUGUGCGUAAUCUUUAUACCCUUCACAGUGUUCUUGUCCAUAGCGGUGGUGUUCAUGGUGGGCAUUAUUAUGCUUUCAUACGACCUACCCUUUCUGAUCAGUGGUUCAAGUUUGAUGAUGAGCGUGUGACAAAAGAAGAUGCAAAGAGGGCACUGGAAGAGCAAUAUGGUGGUGAGGAGGAGCUACCUCAGACAAAUCCUGGAUUGAACAACACUCCCUUCAAGUUUACUAAAUAUUCAAAUGCAUACAUGCUUGUGUACAUUCGUGAAAGUGACAAAGACAAAAUUAUCUGUAAUGUGGAUGAGAAAGAUAUAGCAGAGCAUCUUCGGAUUAGAUUGGAAAAGGACCGUGAAGAGAAGGAACGCCGGAAGAAGGAAAAAGCUGAGGCACACCUCUAUACCAUAAUCAAGGUUGCAAGGGAUGAUGACUUAAAAACUCAGAUAGGGAAAGACAUAUAUUUUGAUCUUGUUGAUCAUGAUAAAGUCCCAAGCUUCCGUAUCCAAAAGCAGAUGACCUUUGCUCAGUUUAAGGAGGAGGUAGCAAAAGAGUUUGGCAUUCCUACACAGUUUCAGCGAUUUUGGCUGUGGGCCAAGCGGCAAAACCAUACUUACCGACCUAACAGGCCAUUGUCUCCUCAAGACGAAGCGCACACUGUUGGGCAGCUAAAGGAACUGGUGAACAAGGCCCACAACGCUGAGCUGAAAUUGUUCUUGGAAGUUGAACUUGGACUGGACCUUAAACCUCUUCCUCUCCCAGACAAGACUAGAGAAGAUAUAUUUCUUUUCUUCAAACUCUAUGAACCAGAAAAGGAACAGCUGCGGUACUUCUCAUACAUUCCAACACACUACUAUCUGUCAUACACUCAAUACUUGAUUUUUCGUUGGAUAUUUACUCUUCUACUGGAUGGAAUUUUCAGGUACGUUGGUAGGCUCUUUGUAAAGGCUUCAGGAAGACCACAGGACAUUCUGCCGAAGUUAAGGAUGCUGGCAGGUUUUUCACAAGAUGAUGAUAUUGAACUGUAUGAGGAAAUUAAGUUUGAGCCCAAUGUGAUGUGUGAAUACAUUGAUAACAGGCUUCUGUUUCGAUCUUGUCAGCUUGAAGAUGGGGACAUAAUUUGUUUUCAAAAAUCUUCAAAGCCAGAUAGUGCUGACCGAUAUCGAUUUCCUGACGUCCCAUCCUUUUUGACGUAUAUACGUAACCGACAGGUGGUCCACUUCCGUUCACUGGAGAAGCCCAAGGAGGAUGAUUUUUGCCUCGAGAUGUCAAAGAUAUUCACAUAUGAUCAAGUCGUGGAAAAAGUAGCUGAAAAACUUGGCGUGGAUGACCCAUCGAAAAUUCGGCUUACAUCACAUAAUUGUUAUUCGCAGCAGCCUAAGCCCCAACCAAUAAAGUACAGAGGCGUUGAACGUCUACUUGACAUGCUGAUCCAUUAUAACCAGACUUCUGAUAUUCUGUACUAUGAAGUAUUGGACAUACCACUUCCAGAAUUACAAGCGCUGAAGACAUUAAAAGUUACAUAUCAUCAUGCCACAAAAGAUGAGGUGUCAGUUCACAGUAUAAGAUUGCCAAAAAACAGCACUGUUGGUGAUGUGCUAAAUGAUAUUAAAACGAAGGUUGAGUUGUCUCAUCCCAAUGCUGAGCUAAGAUUACUUGAGGUCUUUUAUCACAAGAUAUACAAGGUAUUUGCAGCAAAUGAAAAGAUUGAAAACAUUAAUGAUCAGUAUUGGACACUGCGUGCAGAGGAGGUUCCAGAGGAGGAGAAAAACCUUGGUCCCUUUGAUCGUUUGAUUCAUGUAUAUCAUUUUACAAAAGAUACUCAAAACCAAACGCAAGUUCAGAACUUUGGAGAGCCUUUCUUUAUGGUUAUCCGUGAGGAUGAGAUCCUAUCUUCUAUCAAAGAACGUAUACAGAAAAAGCUUAAGGUUCCAGAUGAGGACUUCUCUAAGUGGAAGUUUGCAUACAUUUCACUUGGUCGUCCAGACUAUUUUGAAGAUUCAGAUACUGUAGCCGUAAAAUUUCAGAGAAACAUGUACGGAGCUUGGGAGCAGUAUCUUGGACUGGAACAUCCAGACACCGCUCCUAGGAAGGCACACACGAUUAAUCAGAACCGGCAUUCAUUUGAGAGACCUGUAAAAAUUUAUAACUAGGCAUGUUAGAAAUUUGAGGGAUGAGCUACCAAAGCAAGGGCUGAAAUUGCUGUCUUGAAAUAAAGUGUGCCAUAGCCCGGGCAUGUUGCUCAGGUUUUUCGCUGGAGCUGUUGAGCUAGUUCAGGAGACUUUUAAGUAUGAUCGGGGUGGCUUCUCAUCUUUCCCCGUUUUGCCCCGGAUAUAUAAAGUUGUGCAGAGAUGACCCCACCGAACAAUGUCUUUAGUAGAUAAGCCAGUAUUUCCCGUUAGGUGACUUUAUACAGUCGAAUAGGCGACGUUUUAGUCGAUCACUUUGUUCAGUUGGUGCUAGGAAGCCUUGAGCUGUUGAGGGUACUUGUCCUGCUGUAUAUUAUUGACGCGGAGUGUACAAGUCUCUGUUGUUGACAAUUACACGGUGUCUUGUAAUUUCAAUGAUACAUUUCUACAUCCUUUCGUGUGCUUGAUGUUGGAUGAUUUCGAUUUGGCAUUAACAGCUAGACAUUUCGUGAUGUUA